AUGUCGGUCUGGGACGCCUUCACGGGCAGGAGAAAACAGCAGGCAGAGCCUCAUCAGACCGAGUCUGCGCCUACGCCUUCAGCCGGAGGUUACGCCCCAGCAUCAUUCGAUCCUUCAUACACCACCGACGUCUCUACGCUCCUGGGAGCCGCCUCUCUUCCCGAUGCCUCGAAGUUGCAUCCUCUGGCUGGUUUGAAUCAACAGACACUUGACUAUCUUUCGUUAGACGAAUCAACCUUAUCAGAUCUUCCGGGCGCUCGAUCAUUUCUACCCUCUCGAGGCUGGUCGGACGACCUUUGCUACGGAACAGGAACCGUGUACUUAGCGGCUCUGACUACUGGUGGAGCAUGGGGUUUAAUAGAGGGCCUUAAUCGGACACCCGCAUCGGCACCUCCGAAGUUGCGCCUCAACAGUGUCCUGAAUAGCAUAACGAGGAGAGGGCCUUUCCUGGGAAACUCCGCUGGAGUUGUAGCAAUGGUUUAUAACGGCUUCAACUCCACGCUCGGCUAUUAUCGCGGCAAACACGAUGCGGCCAACAGCAUAGUGGCGGGUGCACUUAGCGGAGCAAUCUUCAAGAGCACAAGAGGGCUGAAGCCAAUGCUGAUCUCCAGUGGUAUCGUCGCAUCAAUUGCUGGCGCCUGGGCGCUUACUCGCAAAGUCCUAUUUGAGCCUCCACAGGAAAGCCAGAACGCCAACCUAUAA